CAAAAGAGGACUGUCAAUUUUUUUCUAUCCGCUAAAUUAACCAAUCACAAUUCGUUGUUUAACGAAUCUUUGUUGUGUGAGUGGAAGUACGUGGUGAAAUAAUAGAUUUUCUUGAAAAAAAGUCGCCUAAAUAAAGAAAUAAGUCUGAAAAAGUGUUUUAGAAUAUUAUGUGUGACACUAAUAUCAGAUACAGCAUAUAUACACAUUUUAUGUUGGGUGAUUGAAACAACUUAUUUAAUUGAACCCGCCUAAUCGUACCAAACACAGUUUGACUCGACGAGGCGAUAUACUUAUUUAUUCUGCAGCCAUAUUUAUAAUUCUCGUCUUUUGUUUUAGUUGUUUCGUCGGAAUCGAAGCUUUUUCCUGUAUGUGGGUGACUAUGUAGUUUUUUAUUUUAUGAGAAGGAUUAUUUAAUUUUAGCAGAGACUCAUGUUUCUUCGUCGAUCAUAGAAAACCAUGUUUAUACUAUAGGAGUUAAACAGCAGUGUUGUUGAAGUGAUUUGGUUGAGAUUCAAAACAUAGUGUACUCGUACGGCUUAUCAUCUGUAGAUGAUAGAAAAGAAAAUACUUUAUGUGAUAUUUGUCGUAAUUUUACACAAAAUACCUAUUGUGAAUCAUGCAUAAUUAGUAAUUUAUAUCUAGUUAGUGACGAAUUCCAUUAAAUAUGGUUACUUUAAUUUAUUGAAGCUUUUGGCUGAUGUAAGCAAUUUUAAUGCCUUUCUUCAGCCUGAUUUCAUUUAAGAGCAUGUUUUGUAAGGUUUAUUAUUUUGAAAAGUUUUUUGAGUGUUAUGCAUAGACGUGACUUAAAGGAGGAAAGAAUGCAAGACGAAGGAAGUGAUGACGAUGAAAGCAAUUCAACCAUAGUAAAAUGGUUGAUUGCUGCCAUUAGAAAAGUUAAAUACCAAAAGCAAAGAGCAUCUGUUGAUCGUAUUUGCAAUGUUAUUAAUCAAACACAUAACAUUCAUAGACAGACUGUUAUUGAUCAGUUAGAAAAAGCAGUAAAUAAAGGAUUGAUAUUAAAGGUUUACUGUAAAGGGUUGUUGUCUUACAAAGACCCCGGUGCAAUGUGCAACAUGAAAAGCCGUACUCUUCGUGUGCAUUCUGGGGCUGAUCUUGGUAAAGUCAUUAUCAGAGCAAUACGAGAAUUAGGGGAGAACAAUGGUUCCACUUUGCGAUCCAUCGAGAAAUACUUACGGCAGACUUUUUCCCUUAGUAUUGAUCCGGGUACUGAUCUUGGACAACAGCUUCUUCAGUCAGCAAAGAGAGCUGUUUCUAAUGGAUUGAUUAUUCACGAAGGAAGGAAUUACAAGUUAAAAAGGCUGUCCUUCCGCAAGGGGUCUCUUGAUCCAUCAACUCUCUCUCAUACACCUGUUUCAAGUCCAAAUAAGAAAAUUCCUUUGAUGGUUUGUCAAUUCUGCAAAGAAGGUGCUUUUGCAAGAAAUGGCCGAUUUGAAUGCCUGCUUAAUUGUCACAUAUGUAAUAGCUCUGGACAUCCUUCUUGUUUUGGAUUGCUGCCCCAAGCUCUGAAAGUAAUUAAUGAAUCAAAAUGGGAGUGUUUUCAUUGUAAAAUAUGUGUUAUAUGUGGAGAAAAAACUGAAAAAAAACGUAUGCUGUGCUGCAAUUUGUGUGACAAAAUAUACCAUGCCACUUGUACUACUCCAUGUUUUCCAAGGCCUGCAAGAGGUACUUGGAGUUGUGAUAAUUGUAAAAAGAAGUCAGUGGCAAAAAAGGAGAAAAAUCAUAUAAAUAGAGUGGCAAACAGCGUCAAAGAAAGAUAUAAAAAGCACAAUUUUAAAUUUAGUGCUGUACGGAAAAUCAAAAACCAAACAUAUUCCGUCAUAAAAAAGAAAUCUACACAUUCCAAAAAAGAAUCACAGUGUUCCAGUGACUCAAGUAGCAGUGAAGAUAACACUGUCACUGAACCAAAAUCAACUUUACCACCUGGUGUUACUGAAAACGAUGUAAAUAUUUUCAGAAACGUUCAAGAAACUGCUUUACAAGCAAUGGGUCAUGGUUCAAUUCCUCCAGAGCCACAAGGUAGAAGUCCAGGUGCAAUUGAAUUUGGCAAGUUUGGUAUUGAAACAUGGUAUUCUUCUCCAUAUCCUCAAGAAUAUGCUAGGUUGCCUAAAUUAUUCCUCUGUGAAUUUUGUUUGAAGUACAUGAAGAGCAAAAACAUUCUCCUUAGGCAUAUGAGAAAAUGCAACUGGACACACCCACCAGGAACAGAAAUUUAUCGCAAAGAUGAACUGUCGGUGUUUGAAGUUGAUGGGAAUGUGAAUAAACUGUACUGUCAAAAUGUUUGUCUUCUUGCUAAAUUAUUUCUGGACCACAAAACUCUGUAUUAUGAUGUUGAGCCUUUUCUGUUUUAUGUGUUAACAAUAAAUGAUGCUACAGGCUGCCAUUUUAUUGGUUAUUUCUCUAAGGAAAAGUUAUGUCAACAAAGGUACAAUGUUUCUUGCAUUAUGACUAUGCCUCAAUAUCAACGCCAGGGGUAUGGAAGAUUUCUGAUUGACUUUAGUUACUUGUUAUCUAGAAAGGAAGGCUUGCCAGGUACUCCUGAAAAACCUUUAUCUGACUUAGGUAAAAUAAGUUAUAUGUCAUAUUGGAAAAGUGUAUUACUAGAAUAUAUCCAUGAAUGGCAUGAAAAACAAAGCAAUCAUCAAAUAAAUAUCAAAAAUAUAGCUCAGGAAACAGGCAUAAGUGCUUUAGACAUAAUUAGUACCAUGAAGGAAUUGAAUAUGAUUCAGCUAAAUGAAGAAAACAAGCUUAUAAUAUCUUUGAGCAGAAAAGUAUUAGAUGAGCACAUGGACAAAGUAGUUGCAAAUCGUCACAAAAGAAUAGAAUUAGAUCCAGAAUGCCUACGUUGGAUACCGUUAAUUACUAACCACCUAUAUUCUGAUAAGAAUGAAGAUGACUCCGAUAACUCAGGGAGUGAAACUACUCCAUCGCCAACUUCUGAAAGGACUUAUAAAUCAUGCUCUACAAAACCAGACAACAAUUCCGAAAAAGAAAAUUAUGACCAGACGUUUCAUAAAUCUGAAAAGUACCUCAAGUAUAAAAGAAAAUCAGAUAAAGUGCAAGAUAGCGUUGAUGCUGUUUUGGAUGAAAAUGUUGUUAAAAGUGAUUUAUUUGGGAAAGACUUAAAAGAAAAUAAUUCUACAUCAUCUCUGCAAGAAAGUACAACUCCAGAAAAACCAGUCAAACCUCCUAAAAAACACAAGAAAAAGAAGAGCAUAUUUGAAACUAAAGUAUUCAAAAAUAAAAAGAGAAAAAAUAAGAAUAAUCUUUUGAAGAAAGUGAACAAAUUACAGAUGAAAAAACUUGAACGUAAGAAAAAGCUUUCCAAGGAAGUAAAAAGAUUGGCCAAAAUACUUAAUUCUAACCCUAGCCUAAUGGAAUCUGCAUCAAACAGAAAAUUGCUCAAGUUAAAGAAAAGAAAUAGAAAAGAAUACAAAAAAGCCGAAUAUAGCAUGAGAUUACGGCACCAGAAGUUAACUUUGUCAGAAACUGAAAUCGCUUGCGAGCAGCCUAUGACUGCUAGUGGCUCUCCAAUUAUUGAAGAUCCUAUUCUAGACAGUAUAAUUCCAGAAAAAGAAAGUACUGAAACCAAAUCCAACUCAUCUCCUUCUGUUGAAAAUGAUAACAGUACUACACCACCCUGUUUGAUGCCUGCUACUAGUACAGAAAGCUUGGUGGAACAAAAUCAAGCUCCAGUUGAUCCUCCUUCACUUCAAGCUCAAAAUUCAGAAUUUAAAGAAUCUGAGGAAAUUAAGGAAGAUUCUGAGGAAUUAAAUUGGAGAUCUUUGCCUAGGCGAGCUAAAAGACCUGCACCUUCCUCGCCUGUGAAGAAGCCACCAAAGAAAAGAGGUCGACCCAAGAUGUCUGAGUCGUUUAGUGGUGCUGUGGAAGAUGCUCCUUCAAAUAAAGAUGAAGAAAAUAAGAUUAACUCUUCAACUGAUAAUGCUGAGCCCUCAACAGAUGUUACCAUGCCUUUAACAGAUAAUAAAGAACCUGAUGCUCUCUUAGUGAACAAUAACAAAGAAAAUGAUGAUCCUGGUAUCAAACAAGAAUCAAACUCAACACCUACUUCUACUUACAACUUGGUGGACAACACUCAAGAUAUUGUGAGUAAAGACUUGAAUAAUGUAUCAUUAAAUGAGACCUCUUUGGCUGUUAAUGAUGCUGACAAGUGUAAGAACAUAAGCUGUGAUAUGGAUGAAAUUAAUACUCUUGAAAAUGUUAUUCGUGGUGAAAAUGAAAUAAACAAUGAACCUCGAGAAAAUCAAACAAAAAAUUCAGAACAAAACCAAGAAAGCGACUCCAGUUAUUCUUCGUGUGUUGAAGAGAUGGAAAUAGAUGAUCGUGAAAAAAUUGAUUCUAAUAAACUUUCAAAUUUCAAAGACCAGUUAAGCGAACAAAAGAAAAUACUUUCUGAUUCUGAUAAUGCAAGUUCAAAGAAACAACUAAAAGAAGAGACUAGUCUCUCUCUUGCAGAAACUGAAACUGUUAGACUGUCUCACAAUUCAGGAGAUAAAACAGAAAACUUAUCCACAGAUUAUGAGAAAUCUGAAACUUCUAAUUUAAUUGAAAGCAAUGGAAAUAUUUCUGAUAAUGAUCAGAUUAACGAACAAGAUAAACAUGUUGAAAAUUUAGAAGUGUCACGAGGUGGAAGCCCUCCAAGCUGUGUUGUUUCUUCAGAUGGCAGUGAAUUAAUGCAAAGUCAACCCCAAUCUGCUGAUGAUUUUUCAGAAUGUUCUAAUGAUGUUAAGUCAGUAGUGUCCUCUAUAUGUGACCAUGUAAAUGAUAACAAUCAGCCUGUAGAGGAUGAAAAUCAGGUUGUAAAUGAUGAUAACCAGCCCGUGAAUGAUAAUAACCAGCCUGUAAAUGAUGAUAAACAGUCUGCAAAUGAUAAUAACCAGUCUGUUAAUGAUAAUUACCAGUCUGUUAAUGAUAAUAACCAGUCUGUAAAUGAUAAUAACCAGUCUGUAAAUGACAAUGAACAACAUUUUUUACCAAACUCUCCAACUGUCAAAUCUCCUGAAGUCUCUCCUGAAAGCUGUCACGAUGAACUUACAAAUUCAAAUCAAAAUUCAAUGCAACAAAAUAAAUCUGAAAUAACCAUGCUUAAUUCAAAUAAUAUUGCGUCACACGAAUAUUCUAAUGUAUCUGUUGUGAGUUGUAAUGCUCCACAUUAUCUUUCUGAAGGAGAUGAAAGCUUUCACUCUAACCAACUACCGCCCACCCCCCAAACUCCUGCUUCUGACAAUGGACAUCAUCAACAGCCUGUCUCCGCUGGUACGUCGGGUGACGAAUGUCACAGUUUAAGUGAAGGAGAAUUUACCAAUGGAGAAAAUAUGCUAUCCCCAUCAAUUAGCAAAUCAAGAUUGUAUCCUAUGAAGGGUGAUAGAUUAUACGAUAAUUGUGAGGAAAUGCAUACAGAUUACGAAUCAAGGUCACCUCAAGAUGAUUUAGGGAAUGAAAACAAUCAGUGCUAUAACCGUCCAGCAUCUAAUCCAGCCUUACUGAGAAAAAAUACCCCUACUCCAGAUAUGACCCAUUUGGGUGUGUAUACUCCAGAUUCAUCAACAAAUAGUGGUUUUAAUUCUAUGGAUGCAGAUGUAAAUAAUAUGAAUUUAGAAUCUCCAUCCUCUUUGCAUAGUAAUGAACCAGCUCAACCAAAUUCUAUCGAACCCCCUUCAAGGACACCGCCUCAGCCGUACAUGGAUCAGGAGCAAAUUCAAAGAAAUUACUGUCAACCUGAUAAGGGCUGUACACCAACGGAACCAGUCACAACAAGAAUGAAUAAUCCAUUGCUUGACAAAAUGACUUGUUCAAAUGCAGUUCAGCUAACACGUCAUCAAAUGCAACAAUCUAACCAUCAUCAUCAAAAUGACAUGUCUUAUAACCAGCAUCCUGCAUCGACUGCUUUAUCAAAUAUGGUUAAUAAUAAUAAUAAUGUUGGUACCAUUUUGCUUGGGCAGGCACAACCAGUUCAAUCUAAUAACUAUCUCAAUACAGUCAACAUAAGAAUGUCUUCCACGCCUCCUGCUUCUAAUCCUGUAGGCAACUCCUAUGUAGUGGGAGUUCCAAUUACAUCUGUGAUUCAACAACAAACAUCAUCUUUGUCUCAUCAGCAACCAUCUAACCAAGCUAGUCGUGGUUCUAUGCAAAGAAUGGGCCAUAUUUCUAUGCCAAUCACCACAUCAUCAUAUUCAGUUCCAAAUCCUUCAUUUCAUUUACCAUCUGGCUACACUAACAGUAAUGUCAACCAAGCUUCUCCUUGCAAUUUAGCUAAACUUCAGCAGUUAACCAAUGGCAUUGUGGAUCCUCAGCCCAAUCAGGCAACUGGUUACCCAACCAUGUCCCCAUCACCAUAUAAUUCACAAUCGCAUCAGUCAAAUCUGACGCCUCCUCCCCAAAACCAACGCGCAAUCGCUCCUGCAAUACAAAACCAAUCCCCCAUGCCAGGUAAUCAAGUUCACGGAUAUUCAAAUUAUAAUCGUUAUCACUCCAGGCCUGUACAAAGGACUCCUAACAUAGCUAUUUCUCCAAACAUUGUUGCUAGCUACCCAGCAUUCGGCGGAUAUCAAAUGCAACAGCCAUCUGCACCAACUAUAUUGAAUACAGCGGGUUACAUAACAUCUGGACCUACAAUGCCUAUGAGUGUUGUGAAUAUGCAUCCACAAGGACAAUAUCAAGAAACUAUUCGAAACAUUACACCUCAGGGUCCCAUGUACGCAUAUGGUUAUAUAAAUCAGAGUUUACCUCCUCAGGCUAUGAUGAGACGGUGAUAUUUUCUGGUACAGAACAUUUUGUAUAGUUAUGAGAUUGUAACUGUGGAUGCAGAGCAGCAAUCCAAUCAAGUAUUAAUUUGGUUUGGUGAAUCUCAAACUCAGCUGAAUACUUAUCAGUACUUAGUGUAAUACCUCAAAAUGAAAUUGCAAUCAAUUCUAUUUUGGAGAACUAUUAAGUUUAGGUAAAUAUUUUGAAAAGGAGAAAUGCUAUGUACAUAAAUGUUAAUAUCAUUUUCCAUUUAGUUGUAAAUACUAACUUUAAGUGUACAGUACUUCACAGUUUCUUUGUACUAUAAAACAUCAAACCUAUUUGUUAAAUAUGUAAAUAAUUUGUUAGACAUUUCUUAAAUCAUUUUUGAAAUUACCAUUUAGCGCAUGGUAUAUUUAUAAAACUUUCAUUACUUCACAAGCAUAAUUAAUAUUUUAAUUUUCACCCCCUGUUUAACAUUUUUGUUUGUUAUUUUGUUGUUUUUUAGACUUUGCCAGUUUGUUUAACUUGGUCGUUUUGCAUGUCAAUUAAUUGUUAUUUAAAUAAGAGAAAUUGUAAAUAUGAACUCUAAAGCAGACCAGUUUCAGUGUUCAACAGUUAUUAACUAGUUCAAUAACUUUGUUGCAUUAUAAAACAGUUAAAAAAAUUAAUGCAUGUGAAAUUUUUUUUGUUUAUAUUUAUUCUAAUCAAGAGAAAAUUAGUAUUUUUUACAGUAUCAUUAUUUAUGAAACUCAAAUUUAUAUGUGAACAUUUCUCUAAGUGUUAAGCUGACUGCUGUAUUACAUAUUCUACAUACUCUUUCAAACCAAACGUAAGAUGUAACAUAUUUUUGUAAUGAAUUUUUUAAAAAGCUUCUAGUAUUCAUUGCUUUUAAAAGUAGUAUUUAUUUAAUGCUUUUGUUUCACUAAACUAUUGAUUGUACAUUCCAUCUGUUUAUGUAAUGAGUUGAUAACCUUCAAGUUACUCUAUCAAUAACAUAACAUUUAAAACUCAUGAAAUUAUUUUUUUUUUUUUUAUUAAAUGGGGAUUUAUUAGUAACACUAAUAGUAAAAUCUGCUGGUAAAUUUCUAUUAUCAUAUGUUAAAUCAUUUAUAGUUAUAUUUUAUUGUUAAAAGGAUUUCUUACAAAGUAUAUGAUAAAUAUAAAUUAGAACUGUUAAAGCAUUAGCAGUUGCUUUAUUGGGUGAACACACCUUUCAUUCAUUAGGUGUUAAUUAGGUAAUGGUAGAUUUUAUUUUAAAAAACAUAUUCUCAGGACUUAUCAAUUAGUCAUGAGAAUUUACCAAGAGAAUAAUUUAAGAUCUUGAUCUGAAAAAAUGGACUUUUGCAUUUAUUUAUUCAAGCAAUAUUUAAAAAUAAUGAAGUUUUUUUUUGAGUAUACUAAAUGGAAAGAUCAAAAUUAAUCAAUACCUUAAAACUAAUAAAAUGUAUAAAAAGAUUCUUAACUUGAUAUGAUUUUGUUAAAUCAUAGUUCUUUAUCAAGGUAUUUUAAGUCUAGAUGAAAUAGGUGUAGGAUCCUUCAAAUACCAAAAAUCAAGCAAAUCCCUAACCUUGCACUCAUGCUUGCGUUGCAUAAGAUUUAAAAAAAAUAAGGUAAUUUUUUUUUUAUUAUCAGCAAUCACUUCAAUAAACAAAGUUUAUUUGACAAGUUAAUUUUACUUAAAAAAUUAAUUUAAAUUCAGAAACUUAUUCAGAAAGUAAUUUUUGUUGCUCUGAUUUUUUUUAAAAAUUUACUUUAGUAGAUAUGAUUUAAAUAUACUUGUGGUAGUUUUUUGACUUAAUUGUUAAACUACAUAAAGCGAAGAAUUUUUUUUGUUUUGCUUCCAUAUCUUCUCCUUAGUGCUUACAUAAUAUUUGAACUGACCUUUUUA